UACAAAUGAGUCCGAGAUGCUCGGGAAGGGAGGACCGCGUGUGCGCAGUGAAAAUCCACUCGAGAAGUGGCGUUCGGAAUUAGAGUGCAUGCCGCGACGUUCGUUCAGAAAAGCACGUUUAUCAAACUUCUGUUCCAGGUAACGAGCCGUGUGUAAUUGCAAUUUUAGAAUGUCUACAAGAUGCUGUUCAAAUUUCUCCCAUUGAUCUUCAUAUCCUGUGCCCUAGCGUUCCCGAAGAAGGUUCACAUCGGAGGGCUGUUCGACAAUGGCGACGAGAUGCAGCGAACCUUCGAAACGUCCGUGAAAACGGUGAACAGGGAACGGCACGAGAAUCCAGAAAUCAUGAAUGUGUUUCUCGUCACGGAAUCCAAUCAGGUCGGAACGGACCCGUACGAAGUGUCACAAAAAGUAUGCGAAUUGAUGGGCACUGGAGUGGCCGGGAUUUUCGGGCCCCAGAAUAAAGUCUGCUCGGAACACGUGCAGAGUAUGUGCGACACCAUGGAAAUGCCUCAUAUUUAUGCGAGAUGGGAGCCAUCGCAAUCUCGCGGCAAAGGAAUAAACUUGUACCCCCACGCGGAGACGCUUUCAAAGGUUUUCGAUCUGUUCAUCACCGAGUUCGAAUGGAAGUCGUUUGGGAUUUUAUACGAAAACACGGACAGUUUAAUACGCAUUCAUCCUAUGUUGGAACGUUUGGAUGCUCGCAAGCACGCGAUCUUCCUGUAUCAUUUGGGACCUGGUCCCAAUUACAGGAAAGCGAUGCGAGAGAUAAAAGGUGCAGAAGUCGAGAACUAUGUGAUUGAUUGUUCAAUCGAUAUUCUCGCCGAGGUGCUGAAGCAAGCGCAGCAAGUUGGCAUUAUGUCCGAGAAGAACAGGGUCAUAGUCACUUCUCUGGACGUCCAAACGUUAGAUCUGGAGCCGUACCAAUUUUCUGGGGUUAAUUUCACCGGGGUCAGGCUAAUAGACCCACAGAACCCUAUCGUGCAAAAUAUCACAGAAAUGUACAAAAACGAAUGGGGUUUGGACGAUCCGUCACAGCUACGCGUUGAGCCUGCACUCAUGUACGAUGCGGUGCAACUUUUCGCGAGGGCCUUCAAGCGUUUAAAGGACGCCAUUAAGGGCGACGUGAAACAAUUGUCCUGCAACGACACUUCAAGUUGGGAGCACGGCUACAGUCUGAGCAACUUCAUGCGUCUUAGUGAAAUGGAGGGUUUGACCGGUUUGAUUAAGUUCGACACGGCCGGGUUCCGCAGCGAUUUCCAGUUGGAUGUGGUGCGCGUGACGGAAAAAGGCUUGAAGAAGAUCGGAAUGUGGAACAGCACAAACGCCAUCGAAUGGCUGCCGGAAACUCAUCCUCCGAAGUCAGACAUCGAGCUCAGUCUACAGAAUAGAACGUUCAUCGUGCUGAUAGCCAUCAGCCAUCCUUACGGUAUGCUGAAGAAAUCCGCGGAAAUGAUGACCGGAAAUGACCGUUACGAGGGAUUCGGGAUCGAUAUCAUCCAGGAGCUUAGCAAGAUGCUCGGUUUUAAUUACACGUUCGAAGUGCAAAGCGAUAAUGUGUACGGAUCCCUCAAUAAGGUUACGAAGAAAUGGUCAGGGAUGCUCGGCAGGAUCAUUGCUGGUGAGGCCGAUCUGGCUAUUACCGAUCUGACAAUUACGUCCGAACGAGAGGCAGCAGUCGAUUUUACGAUGCCUUUUAUGAAUUUAGGGAUAAGUAUCCUGUAUCGAAAACCAACGAAAACACCACCCAGUCUCUUUUCUUUCUUGUCGCCAUUUUCGGCCGGAGUCUGGUGGUAUUUGAUCGGAUCUUAUAUAUCGGUCUCACUGGUACUGUUCGUGAUCGGAAGACUAUGCCCGGCUGAAUGGAACAACCCCUAUCCGUGUAUAGAGGAACCGGAAGAGCUGGAGAACCAAUUCACCUUCAAAAAUUCCCUAUGGUUCACCAUCGGUAGUAUUAUGCAGCAAGGUUCCGAGAUCGCGCCUAUUGGACUUUCAACUCGAAUGAUUGCAACUUCCUGGUGGUUCUUCUGUCUGAUCAUGGUGUCAUCUUAUACUGCCAAUUUAGCUGCCUUCCUGACGGUCGAGACGUUGGUGUCGCCAUUCUCAAACGUUGAGGAGCUCGCGAAGAAGAAGACGAUUAAAUACGGCGCGAAAGUGGGAGGAUCUACCAUUAUGUUUUUCCAAAGUUAUGCCCAUUCCAAGGAUUCCACUUACCCGACGUACAAGGAGAUGUACGAGACAAUGACGGCAAAUGCGAAAGACGUUAUGACGCCGGACAACGACACUGGCUUAAAAAAGGUGCUUGGGGAGGACUAUGCUUUCUUAAUGGAAUCCAGUUCGAUUGAGUACAUCACCGAGAGAUAUUGCAACGUGACGCAGAUCGGCGGGCUGCUCGACGCGAAGAGCUACGGAAUAGCAAUGAGAAAACAUUCUCAGUACCGUCACGCACUAAACACUGCCGUACUGAAGCUACAGCAGAGUGGUUUAAUAACUGAGCUGAAGAAAAAAUGGUGGACGCAAAAACGAGGAGGAGGAAAGUGUCGGGAGGACGGGGGCGGUAGCCAAGCUGAAGAACUGGAUCUCGAUAACGUGGGUGGCGUCUUCUUAGUAUUGACUGUAGGUGUUGCGUUGUCCACCAUUUACACCCUGCUGGAACUUAUCAUCGAAGUCUUCCUUGUAUCUAGACGUGAAAAUGUUUCAUUUAAAGAGGAACUACUGGCCGAGUUUAAGUUCAUCAUUAAGUGUAGCAGCGCACCUAAACCGGUGAGAAGAAGAAAAGGAUCUUCGAACAGAAGUAGAGAGGACAGCACAAGAGGCUGCACACCACCGUACGGUUUUAUACCAGUGAUUAGAACGUCGAGCUCCGACGACAAGUGAAACCGAUAGGCCAAUGAAAUACAAUGAACAAUACACCCAUUAAACAAUUUCCGUUAACAUCGACCGAGUAUAAUGCAAAUUUUUCGGAGAACUGCUGAUACACGUGUAAAUAAAAUUCAUCCAUCUCGAAUCUAAACAAUGA